GAUUCACUGCCGACACAACAAGACAAUUGGAUAAGGUUAACACUUAACAGAUAACAAGACAGGGGAUUUGAUCUCUGCCUAAAUCUUCCCAAGAACCACCACACGGCUCAGUCGGAGAUCGUUAACCUUUCAGGGAAGGUCUGAAACCCAUCCGGGAGAAGCUGCCCGUUUUGGGGAAAAGGGCCGGUGGGCCAAACACGUAAGCCCAGCAACUUCGCUUCUUCUCUUACUUAUCUGAACUGCCGCGGCCGACCGACCGACCCCGACCGAGAGUGAGACAGAGAGUCCAGAGUAAGUGAGCGACUGACACUGACUGAGUGAGCUUUGUUGGGCGUCCCUCCGAGGACACACAAGAUUGCCCUCUCUCCCCCCCGAAACAAAAAAACAAAAAGAACAAUACACAAAGACAAUCACUGAGAGAGGGGCCCAACUAACUCUUUCUUCGCAAGUCACUCCCUUCUCCAGCAGUUUUCUCCGAUGAAAAAAAGAAAAAGUAUCCCUUCCGUUCAGUAUGGCCGACUUUCACCAGCAGCAGCCUUUGGGGGCCGCUGUUGCUGCUCCUCCCGACCAUGAACCCCCGCCCGAGCAGCAACGGGUGAGGAAACGUCGCAGGCGCACCAUGGCAUGUAUGCAGUGUCGCAGCAGAAAACUCCGCUGCGAUCGUGAGUAUCCCGUAUGCAGUCGCUGUCAGAAGAGCAAGACGCCGAAUAAAUGCACUUAUGAGGAUGGCUUCCUCUGGCAGCAACCCAAUACAGUUGCCUCGCCCGUUUUCUCCGAGCGAGGUCCCACAACCACGGUGCAAAUGCCCCAGGCUGAUCGGGCGACUGCCCACCCUACCCCGGACUCGGGGAUAAGCAGUCUGGCCUCUCGGUGUCAUCCCUCGCAUCCCGUCGAGGAAAAACGCGAUAAAUUUCUGGAAACCGUCUUGGGUGCCCCCAAGGCCGCCGUCAACCAGGAGCCGUAUGUCAACACCGAGCUGCUCCAGCGCCCCCGCCACCCGCCCGAAUCCCAUCAUCAUUCCAACAACUCUCAACCCUACCCCGACGAUAACGAUGAGACUCCUACAUCGCCGUCGCAGCAACUGGACGUCUCCCCUCGGAUCAUGAUGCGAGGUAAAGAGACCAAAACCCGUUUCAAUGGGUCGGGCAUUUUUGCCAACCUUAUCGCGCAGUUCCCUGACCUCAGGUCCUUUGCGGAGGAGAUCCGUCAAGCCAGUCCGCAUCUGUCAGCGUUGCGGCCCGACUUGAUGAGAGUAAGGAAAGGGGUCUGGAAGAAAAAGCCUCUGAAUACGCCAUUUCCCACACCCACAACAAGUUCCUUGAUUCCAAUGCUCCCAUCACGUGCAGUGGUGGACGAGCUGGUCACCUUGUACUGCACCUACAUCGAAUCCACCCACCGGAUCCUUCACAUCCCAUCAUUCCUCAAUGAAUUGGAAACGUUCUGGGCGCAGCGCGAAUCGCCAGAUAUGGUCUCGCCGAUCUUUGUGGUGCAGCUUCUCCUAGUGCUUUCUUGUGCAUGGAACCUCGCCGAUUUCCAGACGCUGCAGAUGAAGAGCGAGGGGCAUCUGCAAUGUUAUACGGCCGUCGAGUGGGUCCUGCAUGCCGAGAAGUGGAUGGAGAACGCGCAUAUCAAGCGCCCGGAGUUGACCAGUCUCCGCCUGAAUACCUUGCUGAUCAUCGCCCUCAACAUCCAUGGCAUGAAACGCAGCCAAGCUUGGCUUGCGACGGGAACGCUAGUCAAGCAAGCCAUGAUGGCCGGAUAUCAUCGGGAUCCGACCCGGUAUAGCAGGAUCUCCGUCUUCAAUAUGGAAAUGCGCCGACGGAUAUGGACCACGAUCGUUGAAAUCGAUCUACAGGUAUCUCUCGAACGAGGCAUGCCACCGUCAAUCCAGGAAGCUGAUUACGACACGGCCCCGGCACUCAACAUUAAUGACGACGAGAUCCACGAGGACAGCACAGAGCUUCCGACGGCAAAGCCGUUGGAUGUCAUGACGGAUUGCUCCUUCCAAGCGGUCCUCGUACAAUCCCUUCCGCUGCGGCUCAAGGCCUGCGCGUUAAUGCACUCCCCACGAAUUAGCUGCCGAUACGAAGAUAUCCUGCACUUUGACUUUGAAUUGAACCGACACCUUUCCAAGAUCCCGACCUGGCCGACUUCAGACGUGGACAACUUUCAAACCGCGCACCGCGGAAUCCUUAUCCGAGCAAUGCUGGAAAACAAAAUCGGACACACUCUCCUAUCCAUACACACACCUUUCGCCAUCGAGGCGCCAAAAGACUCCCUCUUUACACCGUCCGCUCGGGCUCGCUUAGAAGUAGCGUCGAUGAUUCUAUCCACGCAACGGCGCUUACGCGAAACCUCGCAACGGCUGUCUCUCUGCAAUAUGGGUGACUGGACCAUGCAGGCGUACUGCACUAUCUGCGAGCUUCUACAUCAGGGGCAAAUCACUAACGGCGCCUCCACUUUCCUAACCCGCACCCUCCCUGGACUCCCUGAAUCUCUGAUAUCCCUGGUGGAGGUGGUCCUGACGUGUCUCGAAUCCCGCCUUCUCCUUGUGGUCAAGGGAGCUAAGGAAUAUUUCUUCAUGUCGACCAUUGUCGCAUUGGUCAAAGUAGGUCUCUGGCCGAGCCAGGCGCAGAUCUACAAGCAGGAGGUUGUGGAGCGAGUCAUACUUUUUGCGCAGACCCUGUUUACACGACACGCCAAUUGCGCCCAUCUAGGCGAAUGGGGAUUGGGCAACUUUAAAACCAACCAAGUUCCCAGCUUGAAUGCAAACCCUGGACUGGCACCCCCGUUUGUCCCUGACGUGAGCAUGGGGCAAACUCCCCAAUUUGGCAUGAUGCCACCGGGAGGAGAUUUAGAUCCAUUCCUCGACGCCUUCGACUGGGGCGACCUAACCGGAUUCACGUUGCAGCAAUGAUGUAAAAAUUCCUCUAUAUUAUCAUGACGACUGUAUGUAACUGUACCAACACCUCCGUGUACGCCCAUUCCCCGGAUUACUGUAAUAUGUAUUAUCUUUCUGU